AUGUUGCCUUCCCAAGAAGCCUCCAAGAUCUACCAUGACAAUUACAUGCGCAACUCCCGAGCCAUCGGGGUGCUGUGGGCCAUCUUCACCAUCUGCUUCGCCAUCGUCAACGUGGUGGUGUUCAUCCAGCCCUACUGGAUCGGCGACAGCGUCAACACGCCGCAGGCCGGCUACUUCGGCCUCUUCCACUACUGCGUGGGCACCGGGCCGUCGCCCAGCCGGGAGCUCACCUGCGUGGGCAGCUUCUCCGACUUCAGCUCCAUCCCGUCCGGAGCCUUCAAGGCGGCCUCGGUGUUCGUGCUGCUGUCCAUGGUGCUGAUCCUCAGCUGCAUCGCCUGCAUGGCGCUCUUCUUCUUCUGCAACACCUCCACCGUUUACAAGACCUGCGCCUGGAUGCAGCUGCUGUGCGGAGUGUGCCUGGUGCUGGGUUGCAUGAUCUUCCCCGACGGAUGGGACGCCGAGGUGAUCCGGGACAUGUGCGGGGAGCAGACGGGGAAAUACUCCCUGGGUGAUUGCUCUGUACGCUGGGCCUAUAUGCUGGCCAUCAUGGGCAUCCUGGACGCCCUCAUCCUCUCCUUCCUGGCCUUCGUCCUGGGUAACCGGCAGACGGACUUCUAUCUUGAUGAUUUGCAGACAGACAACAAAGAUUUUGCUGUGUCAAGGAUUGAGGUGCGGGACAGAAGAGAGCCGAGGUACGGAGUGCAGCGUCUUCACUGA